GUAUUAUGAAGCGAUGACAGUUCCCAGUUGUAAUUCUGUUAGCUUUAUUUUUGUGAAAUGGGUUUUAUAAGAUAUUCAACUUUAGACUUUCAAUUAAUUAGUAAACAUAUAAGAAUGCAUUUAGAAUCUCUAAAAUGUUCAAAUUAACUAGUUGUUCCUCCAAAAUAGUUUUUAAGAAUAAUUUGAAGUUUAUGUUUCAAAAUGGCCUCGGGGGAUAUCGAUGGAAUACAGGUAGCCGACACACUUGGAAAAUUGAGAUUUGAAGGAAAUACCCCAGAUUUGAAGGAAGAUUCUUCUUCUAAAGAUGGUGGUGAAGGAAGUAGUAAAGAAAAAGCAGAUGGUCCAAUGUCAUCUAAAGAAAAUGGAGGAUCAGCAGCUGCUAUUGCCAGGCACAAGUCUGAAAGAGAGAAGAAACUCGGCCAUCGACGUGUUGGGACAGGGGGUGAAGUCACAUAUAAAAAGAUCCAAACCUCUCAAAUCAUGGGGUCAAUACAACUGGGGAUCCAGCAUGCUGUGGGUGGACUGGCAUCGAAGCCUGAGCGUGACCUACUCAUGCAGGACUUCAUGACCGUGGAGACGACGACAUUUGCAGCCGAUGGCACCAACCUUACACCCGCACACCACUACUCCGAGUUCGUAUUCAAGACCUAUGCGCCAAUUGCGUUCCGCUAUUUUCGAGAUCUCUUUGGUAUCCAGCCUGACGAUUUCUUAAUAUCAUUCUGCAGUGCUCCCUUGAGAGAAUUGUCGAAUCCUGGAGCCAGCGGGUCUAUCUUUUACUUAACUGAAGAUGAUGAAUUUAUCAUCAAAACUGUCCAACACAAAGAAGGGGAGUUCUUACAAAAAUUGCUGCCAGGAUAUUACAUGAAUCUGAACCAGAACCCCCGAACUCUACUUCCAAAGUUUUUUGGUCUUUAUUGUUAUCAGUGUAAUUCUAAAAACAUUAGAAUGGUCGCUAUGAACAAUCUGCUUCCAUCUUCAAUAACCAUCCAUCAAAAGUACGAUUUAAAAGGAUCAACAUACAAACGAAAAGCAUCGAAAUCAGAACGUCAGAAAAAAUCACCAACCUAUAAAGAUUUAGACUUCAUGGAACACCAUCAAGAAGGAAUUUUCUUAGAAGCAGACACAUACACAGCAUUAAUAAAGACGAUACAGAGGGAUUGUCGGGUUCUUGAAAGUUUCAAAAUCAUGGACUACAGUUUAUUAGUUGGUAUUCACAACCUGGACCAGGCAACAAGGGAGAAAACUGAGAGACGGUCAGCAGCCAAACAACAGAGUUCGAGUGAUGGCACAGAGAGUGCUGCUGGUGAUUCCAAAGGUAACAAAUCAAAAGCCACCACUCCAACAAACCUGAACCGGUCCCGAUCGAUCAACCGACAGCGACUAGUCGCUCAUUCCACUGCCAUGGAGAGUAUACAAGCCGAAAGUGAACCAAUCGAUGAGGAGGAGGAUGUUCCGCCUGGAGGAAUACCUGCUAGAAAUGCCAAAGGGGAAAGACUAUUAUUGUUCAUUGGUAUUAUUGAUAUCCUGCAAAGCUACAGACUAAAGAAGAAACUAGAACAUACAUGGAAGUCUAUACUACAUGAUGGGGACACAGUCUCUGUUCAUAGACCAGGCUUCUAUGCAGAAAGAUUUCAAGGGUUCAUGGCCAAAACUGUUUUUAAGAAGAUCCCAUCACUGGACUUACCAGAAAUAAAAGGAAACCACAGGAAAUUCAGAACGCUGGUUACCAGCUAUAUAGCUCUAAAACACUCGCCUUCAAAAAGAAAAAGCAUAUCCAGAAUAAGGACGUCAGAUAACGAUGAAGGAAUGGCUGUUGCAACCAGCAGUGGGAUUAAUAAACCAGACUCCCCACCCAGCCCUCCCCAGCCCGCCUCUCCUCCUGCCCAGUCUGCCACAUCUCCCUCGUACCCCUCAGUGUUGAAGGAUCGGGGGGCAGGAGGGGGCCCCCAUACACCAGGCGGGGCCCCCGUCAGAGUGCCCCCACCAGUCCCGCCCAGGGGAGCCCCACGAAAAUCCCAGGAUGUCUCAGGACGAGGCGGAUUCGUAUCUUCGUUCCCCUCCUGUUCCACCCCGCCCCCUGCGUUCGAUGAGGCAGUACGUGGGGACUUCACCGUUGAGUCUGUGAGCAAUCCUGGUGGUGCAACACCACUUCGCCACCGUCUUGGACCCCAGCAGGCCAAGAACUACAGGGAUGAGACUGUCAGGUUCAGUGCUCAUACCACCAACCAUGUUGUUAUUUAUCAAGAAGAUUCUGUCAGUAUAUCAGAGAUAAGGUUAGAAUCACGGUCUGAAAACAAGUCUUCGCUGAGCGUAGAAUCAGGAUCUUCAACAUCGGGUAUCGGGUCAGUGGUAACUGGGACGGGGAGACAUCUGACUUGGACUCCUCCUGCAUCCGUAGAGGGCUCCACCCCCACUUGGACUGAAGGCACUCCUUCCUUCACAGAGUCUUCCUCUUCAGGGGAUAUUGGUUGUCCAACAACCCCAGUGAGGGGCCUCGUCCGUGACAAGGAGACCUCCAAGAGCACUGACAACACGCCAAAUUGCACAGAAGUGCAUGCUCAUUAUGGAAACAAGCGAUAAUUUGGACCCAUCUUGCAUCUGUGAAACCUGGGCAGCCAUCUUGCAUCUUGUGUUAUGCACCACAGUAAUACAGUAUUAACAUCUCUUCACAGCAUGUAACCAUUAGAAUAGUUUUUUAAACCGUUGGAAUGUCUCAUUAUAUUAUGGAUACUUAAUAUAUUUGUUGGAACCUGUAAUCAAGAUCUUAAUUUGUUGUUAUUUAUACUAUUCAUCUGGAUUUCCUUCAAAUGGAUUGGAAUAUUUUUGUUAUUUUUAUUUAUAGUUUUUCUGUCCCCUCGUUGUUUCACCAACAUAAAGAUCUUUUACACAAGAUGUGUUUCUUAAUAUGUGAUCUGAUAUAUUUACAAUGUACGUAAACUAUGAUUUUUUUCAUCAGACACAACGUAAUAGACUAAUGGUGUUAAAGAUUUUAAAGUAUUGUUAUUACUUAAAACAUGUAAUUUAUAAAAAAAGUUAUAUCAAUCAACAAGAACCAAUUUUUUAUCUGUAAAAUAGUAUCUGUUUAUAAUAAAAAAUUCAAAAAGCAAUUUAAGCUUAGGUAACACUAUUAAAUUAAUUUAAUUAAUUAACCAAAACCACUUAAUUGUAUAGUGACAGUUUGUCAAUUAAAAUGUUUGUGUUGUAUAUUGUUCUGGAUAUUUUAUUCUAAAAAGUUCUAUAAAUUUAACAUUAUCAAUUUUAAAUUUUACAAUUUUGGUCUAAGAAAGUUGUAAUUUACGUACAUUACUUAAAAAUAAUAAACCUAAUUAAAUACAUAAUUUACUUUAACCUUUAUUGAUUCCAGGUGUUCCUUAAAAUAAUUUAUAAUUUAUUUAUAUUUUAUCAUAGGCAAUAAUUAUAUUUUAAAAAUUUAUACUAUUUUUCAAAUAUACCCUAUGUCAUUGUAAGAUUACAUGUUUUGUUUUAAUAGUUUAUUUUGUUGAUGACUUAAUGAUUGUAAUUUAUUUUAAGGCCAUAUUAACUCAAUGUAUAACUUCUAUAUAGCCCUUGUCUCCAUAUUAAACACAAUAUUGUAAGACGCUUAAUUUUGCUAAAGAUGGUCUUGUUAGCUGUGAGAUUGCAAUGUGUGACGCCUAAUAUUUCAGCAUAGUGCCCAAAGUAUAUCAUGUCACUAUAAGGCUUAUGUGUGCAAAUGCUGACACUAUAAUUUCAGUUUUUACAUCUAACCUUCUGUAUUUUUAUUUGUUCAGUUUUGGUUUGUAUGUUUACUUUUCCACUUUAUUACAGGAAAGACAGGUUUUAAAAGAAGUUACAUGUAAAUUGUAUCAAAAACUCAGUGUUGAGAUUCUAUAGCCUAUUUCUAACCUAACUCUGCUAUAUUACUUUUUUAUAAAGGGAGUUAUUGCCAAAGUACUUAAGCCUCAAGGGCAUAUUGUACACCUUAGAAUUAUGAAAUAAAACCCUUACAGUUUACAACUUCAGCAGUCACACAUUCUGAAAAUAGCCAAUCAGUUCUUCCUGAGGAAACUUAAAAUCUUUGUCUGAAGUACCAAAGAUAGCAAAAUGCAAAGCUGAUACAGGACAGUUGGACCAGAUUUUUGGUUUGGUCUUCAUGUUUCAGCUUGCACUGAGGCUGGUGUAUGACUAAUGACCUCAUUCAGAUGAUGAUGUUGUUGAAGUGUGAUAUAAACUUUGAUGUGUGAUCUGACGUCUGUCACGUCUGUAGAGGGCGUGGUCUGUAGACUGCUUGAGGUGGGAGGUUGUAUAUAGUUGAAGGUGUCUCCGUGUGGCAAGCAGAUCAAGCUGGUUGGUGGCUUUAAGUGGCAGAUGGUUCUAGGUUCUGGGCAGCUUCAGGUGACAAGAAGCUUGUAUAGAAGGCAGCUUAAAAUGGCAGAUGGCUCUACAUCGCAGGAGACUCAACAUAACAGAUGGUUUCUCUGAGUUACGGACACCUCGAUAUGGCAGAGCUCUUGUGACAGGCAGCUUAAGGUGGGUGGGUGGUGUGGUGAGGUUAAAGUAAAUUUUUUGCGUGGUAGAAAAAAGUGGUUUUAUGGCUGUAAGGCUAGCAGAUGAUCGUAAGUUAGUGUGAGAUGAUUUGUUUUAGGAGGGAUCAAAGAAAAAUGUAAGAUAAAGAACUCGUUGGUUUAGUCAAUAUGCUUGUUGUUGAGGGUAGUGAUGAAGUCAUAGAGUCUGUGUUAUGUGAUAUAAAGUCUUCAUUUCCAUGGAGGCAGCUAAAGAGACCGCCACUCAAGGAAGCCAGAUGAUAUUCUGAUGCUAUGAUUCAACAUAUACAUAUGGGUUAGUGUGUGUAGGUGGACCUUUGCAAGAUACAGGACAGUCAAAACGCAGGUGUUCAGAAGUUUUGUCUUGCUCAUUGCAUAACAUACAGCCCUUAUGUAUCCACUAUCUAAGAAGGUAAAUAUCUGUUCGUGGAGAGAAAAUGUUAAAAUGGAAGGUGAAUAAAGUACAAGCUUGCCUAUACUUAAACCCGCAACAUUCUCCAGCUUCUUUUAUGUUCUCCCUUUGUUAACAGCACAUUGUAUUUAUUUCUGAUCCUCCAUUUUUAAUAGAACUUGUGUAGUUAUCUAUGCCUGUAUUAAUAAAAUAUUGUUUAAAUUAAAACGUUUGUUAUAAAAACCAAGAUUGAAAGAAGGUAACACAUACUUUUUACUAAAAAUUGUAAUAUUUAAUUUAUGUAGCGAAUUCUUAACUUAAUAUUUGUUACCCUUUGAACUAUCAUCUUUAUAAAAAUCUUAGGUUGAAAUAUUUUAAAGUAGGAAUAAUGUUUUGGGAAAUAAACAAAUAAAUUAAAUAUAAAUAAUGCAUUAAUCAUAUCUCCUUAACUCCAAACUGCCACAUACCUUUCAACAUAUCCGUUAAAUGAAACCUAAAAGCUCAAUAACUGAUUUAUUGCUUAUAGGGAUAGGCUUAAGCUCAAACAUAAACCUCAAGAGAUAGACCACUAACACUCAAUGUACUUACAAUAUUUAUACUGUAGUUGUACUUUGUAUGAAAUGGAAACAUAUCCUAGAAUAGAUUAGUUUGUGAAACUGAUUACAAUAUUGUGUUCUGAUUUUAAUACAUUGGAUUGAGACUGCAUUGGUCACCUUCAUGUACAGCUAUCCUACACUCUGCUAACCUAAUGAAUUCGUCUACCAAGUGUUUUACCUGUCUUGUAUAUAAGGCUUUCUACUACAGUUUUCUGAAAUGCUAUUCCUAAUAUUUGUCAAAUACACUAUUGCAAUCACUAUACAUUAGGAAAAGAAAGAAAUCACUUAUUUGUUAAAAACAGUAUAGUACACUAAAGAAUUCCUUUAAAAUUAUCCUGUUAUAAGUAAUAAUGAGUAGUUUAUAAUUAAAUAAGUAAUCAAAUAUUACAAAAAGUUAUGACUUAAUAUGCUCUUUGUGUAUGUUAAAAAUCAAAUUGUAUUAAAAUUGUACAUUAAAAUUAACAUACAAUAGCAUUAUAAAAUAGUAUAGAAAGUUUAAGAAAGACAAAGAAGUGUUAGUUAAAUUAUAAAUUAUCAAUUGCAAUCUCUUCCAGAUUCAACAACAAAUUCACAAAAUUAAACAUUUUCAUUUAUCAAGUGUCAUGCAAAACUGGCUAUAAGAAAUUUGCAAAAUUCAGUUCAAUCAACACCUAGUCACUCUAUAUAUUAUUUUUUUAGUUGUUAACAUGGGAAUUAAGAUCUAAGUUCACUAAAAUUAAAAUAAAAACAAGUAAAGAUCACAGGAGAGAAUUCAAAUUGAAAAAUAGAUUAAACUUUACUCUUGGAUCAAAGAGUUUAGAUACUUGAGUUUGAAAGUUAACCACAAACUAAUCAGUACAAUAAUGGGAGUUAAAAUUGGCUUGUUUAUUUUUUUGUUUAGCCAUAAAAAUCAAAUGAUUUACAACUAAUAAUAACUUCUAGUUUUUUUUUGUUAAUUAUAAAAAAAAUACCAGUUUUUGGCACUUUUCAACCAAACGGCAACUUUGAAAAUUCACAAUUCAGAAACUUGUGAUCAAGUUAAGACCAAAAUUGUAUACAAGAUAGGUACAAGUGUAAUGUUUUUCAGUGUGUCGUUUUAGAAUUAUAGUUAUUUAAGAAAAAACAUUUUAUUAAAUUACCAUAUAAACAUAUAUUCUUGACCGGGGGUUAAAAUAAAAUGUUUGAAAUAGUGGUUUACAAAAUUACACAUCCAAGAUAUUGACAUUAAGAGUUUCAUAAUGUGACCAAGAUCAUUUUUGAGCCACCCUGUAGUAUUUUUUAAAGAAUCUGUAAACAACUCAUGUUGUAUCCUUGAACUCUAAUUCCCCCUUUCUUGAGGAAAUACAUAUAGUAUUUUAAACCUAUCAAUACGCAAUUCCACUUAAAUAAAUUUGUUUUAGGUUCCCCAAUUUUUUAGAAAUUUUUCAAUAUGUUUAAAUUGUUGGAACUGUGGUACAGCUUAUUUUAUUGCUUAAUUGACAUUGAAGUAUAUUAAACACCCAUUUUUUAAAAUUGUAAUGUCUACUGUGAAAUACGUGACUUUACUUUGCAUGUGCAAGAUGAGAGGAACAUAUAAAUAUCAUAACAGUGGAUAAUUAUUAUAUCCAUGAUAUUUUUAAUUUUUAAAUUAGAAAAACAUGACUACAUAAAAUAAAUUUUUAAAAUUGAUGAAUUAAUGGUACAUAUAAAAUAACAAUAAAUACACUUAUUUAUAUAUAGUAAAUAAAGUAGUUUGCAGAAUAUAACUAAUGUUUGAAGUAUAGUUUCAAAACGUGAAAAACACAAAACAUGAAUUUAAUGUGUUCAGAAUAUUUUAUUGGUUUUGUUGUAUCCAUGCUCUAUUAUUGAUAUAUUUAGAGGAGAACAUUAAUCUGGGGACCUCGGCUCAUGGCCUCUUGGCGGACAGCACAACACGGCUGUGCCGUGCGCGUGUGUCUGUGUGAGUCAGAAAAUGAGAGAGUUAUUGGUCGCUGUUUGCAUCGCUACCAUUUAUUUUUAUCAUUGAUUUUAUCCAUUAUUUUUUCCCAUGUUCAUCUACCAAAGGAUGCAGGCAGUCUAUAGUUAGCUCUUUCACUAGAUUUUUCCCCACAAUUCUUCCUGUUUCAUAAUUUGGAGUAAAAUAAAUAUAAUUUCUUUGAGUAAUAAUCAUCUCUGGAUUUAUCAAAGAGCUUCUUUGGUGAGAAGCCUAUUUUGUUCUGCAGUCUCUUGGAUACUCAGACAUUCUGGUUGCAGUAAUAUCCAUUGUACUUGGGUGGAAUUGUAAAUGCUUUCAUAUGCCCCACAAAGAGGUUUUCCUUUGGCAAUAAUUUUCUACAGAUUUCUUUCAGUGUCCUAUUUAGAUAAUAAACUAUACAUUUUAAAUUGAUGACUCUCCUUAUUAAUUGUAUUAUUGGGUUUGCCCAAUACAUGCAAGUGAUUAUAGUGUCAGUGAGUGUGAUUAAGGCUUUGUUGAGUGGACGGAUAGUUAUUUUCAAUUUGCAAUAAUGUUAAGGUCUUUCAUGACUGCAUUUUAACAACAGUUUGCAUUACGAGUCUAGCUGUGACCACCUGUUAAUGUUGUAGAUGUAGUUCAAGUAAGACUAUACCUUAUCAAGACAUUUCUAUAUCGGUUUUGUGGUAUUGUCCACAUCUAUGUCCAUUCCUAUUUUAAUGUGUUUUUGUAGUUUAUUGAAAACUUGCUGUUGAGUUUAAACAGCCCAACGGAUAAAAUUCUACAAACCAAAAUGUAAAAAAAUAUUUGAUACCAUUCAAAAUGUCUUUGAAUAUCAAGUAACACUAAUGAAGAUUGUGGAAAAUCAUACAAUUAAACACAUCCUCUGUGAUAAAUUGUACAAUAUCAAUACUAUAAUUGUCAAUGUGUCUGUUCACUGUUUAAUAGUUAGUUUCUAAUGUUAAACCAGUUAGACAUUUACAAAAGUUUGUUCAAGUGUUUAUUCAAUUUAAAUGUUGCUCUCAAAAAUAGUGACAGUAACAGCAAUAUUAUCAUAAUAUGAUAUAUAUCCUUGUUAUAAUCCAUGUAAUUAUAUCCAUUUAUUGCAUUGGCAAAGUGUAAAUCUUGAUGAUUUAUUUUAAUUUGAGUUGAGAAUAAGAAUUUCAUACAUGUAUGUAUGAACAGAAUGUAAAUUAAUGAUAAUUCUCCAACUGCUCUAUAUAGAAAAUCACCAGUUGAUAAAUCAAACAGUAAAUUUUCCUGCCAAUAAAUCCUAGUGCUGAUAAUUUCUUGUCUACAAUACAAUAAUAUACUCAUUCUGAAUUUUGGUCAGAAUUAGUUACUUAACAUCUGACCAAAAUUUAUAUUUAUGUAUGCAAUAAUUACAAAAGUGUAAUUAAAACUUAUUGAUAAAUAAUAUCCAUUCCAAUUAUUUAAAGUAACAACUUUAGGUUAAAAAGUUUAAAUUUUCUGAAAAAUCUACCAUAUAUUUUAAUGAAUAAGCUAAUACACUGUCUUGCUGACAUAGUGUGGACAAGUAUUCGCUUCCAUUAAAUUUGUUUUCAGAAUCUUUUAUUAUUGAAAAUGUAUUAUAAAUAUUUCAAAGUGUGUAUUUUGAAGUAGAUUCUUUGAUUUAGUGUUCUUUUAACAAUAAUAUACACCAGGGUGUAUAACUACUGUGCGUGUGUGUGUGGUUAAAAUAUUUUAUAGGCUGUUAAUCUCUUGUUGAUAUCUAGAAACUGCUUUAGUCCAAUCUUUUGCCAAAUAAAAUAUAUGUGUACAACUAUUUUUUGAAAAGACUUUUAGAUAUAAAACAAAGCAAGAUUUUAAGACCUGGCACUGGCAUUUGCUUGAUCUGUUUUACUUUUAAAUCUUUAUCAAUAUCAUCGCUUUACCGUGAAAUAUAUAGUCUUGUAUGUUAAUAAAUACAUAAAAAAGACAUACACAGUAAUAACAUAAUCAUGUACUUCCUUAUAAACUUGUGUACGAUUUACUGUAAUAUUAAUGUGAAUAUUAUCAUUAUGUUUAUGUUCAUUGUGUUUAAAGUUUAGUGUAUUUAACUGUAAAAUCUAAUAAGCAUUUAAGUUAUAUAUCUGUAAAUCUGAAUACUCAGUGUAUCUUGCUUAAUAUAAUAAGUCAUCGCUUCUGAUAACUCAUGAAAUCAAGUGUAUUAACAUGUAAACGUUACACGAGCUACAUAAAUUAAUCUUGUUACGUGUUUUGAAUUUUAGUUUGAUAUUUUUUAUAGUAUAAGAUGGCAGUUAUAUCUUCAUUGGGUCACGUUUAUAGUCUAUGUUUAUAAUUUAUUUUUCAUUUUUCACAGGAAACUUAUAAUCAUCCCAUUUUAUUUAAAAAUUAACCUAAACAAGGAAUAGUGAACAGAAAAACAGUAAGAUUGAUUGAUUUAAUGUCAACAUUUGUACCAUAUAUUGUUUGGUAUAAUACAUCAGUCCUCAAUCUUUUUGUUACCCUUGUACUCCUAGUAAAUAGUCCAUGUUUAUUUAAUUGCUAAAGUACCUAUUUUGAGUUUUUCUAAAUGCUUUCUUACUGCACUUAUAUAAUUAUGUUUAUUAUUAGUUAAAUAAUUAUUUACUUAUGUUUAUUGUUAGUUAAAUAAUUAUUUACAUAAGGGUUCUAAUCUAAUAGUGCUCUAAAAACUAUGUACUUGUUCAGCAUUUAGACUCCAGUGUAUACAAAGUACAGUCAUACAUAGUUUAAGGAACUGCUGUUAUUGUAGUUUAUGAUGGGUUAGUAUUUUAUUAAAAAAUCCAUACAAUAACAACAGUUAAAUGUGAGUUAAUGUGUUGGUUAUUUUUAGUGCUAUGAAGAAAAAGGUAUAAAAACUACUCAUUUAAUUUAACUUCGUAAUUGCUGUACUUUAUAGUUGCUACUAACCACUCACCUUUCAGUAAUUUGAAGCUGAAUCACCUAUAAAAACAGCAACUUACAAAGUUUUAGCCUAACAGUUUUCAAAUAAGUUGUUAAUAAUGUGAGGGAUGUGAAGGAAUGAAAUGGUGAAAACUGAAUAUAUGUUUUACACACAAAACACACUGGCCAGCAGCCACAAAACUUACGAGAAAUAGGUCCUGAAUUUGCACUUUUUAUUGUUUCAUCAGUGAAGUGUUGUUACCUGAGUUAUUGCAAGCACAGGUGACAUAACAGUUUGCAUAAACAGAAGACACAUUUUAUGACUUAUUUUGAUCUGUUUGCAUAGAGUUUGUAAUAUUGACUGACAUGUAAUGAGAGUGUUGGAAUAUUAUACUGAUCAAAUCAAAAUUAUAUUUUUGCAGCAGUGAAAGAGUUAAAAAUCUAUUUAAUCUACAGAUCUAAAGGGUGUGCAAAAUUAGGUUUAUAUAUAUAUAUAUAUAUAUAUAUAUAUCUUUAAAAAUGUUAUUAGUUUGACAUAAUUUAAAAGUUCCACUGUUAUAUACAGGGAUUAAGCUGCGAUCGCAUUUGUUGCUAAAAGAGCCAAGAAAAUGUGAUGCUGUUGAGGAAGCUCUUAAAAUUGCGAUGAAAACGAGAAAGAACUAACCGUGAAAAGUAUAUAUAGCACAAACUAACUAAUAGAGCUAAAGGUACAGGAGUUACAUAAAACUUAAGCUUGUUUAUAUCUGCGUCUAAAUGGUUAAAGCAAAUUGUUUACAAACAAUAACCAAGUUUUGUGUCUGUAAGAACCGGUUUUAGUGCUUAACUACUAAACUGCAAAUUUUGAAUGUUAAAUGAAUAAUUAUUAAACUUGCCAUUGGGGGCCCAAAGCUCAUAUAAAGCUGAAGGGAAAUGGUAUAAUAUAUUAAAACAAUAUUUAAUUUAUAACAAUUUCCUCUUGCAUUAAAUAUUGGUUAUUGGAUUCUAAAGUAUUAUAGAACUUCAGACUAAAAAGUACUUACUUAGCAUUUUUGCUAAGUAAAUUUUCAUCUCAGCUUAAACCGUGGUUAUAUAAUGUAUUAACCAACCGUGCUAUGGGGUGGGGGAGGGAGAGGGGCAGUGAGUCAGUUGUAAAAUUGUUGGUGUAAACUUUCAGUUUUUAAUUCAGAAAUUUGAAAUUAAAAACCUUUAUGUAACCAUGUUUAAUUUUUGCAUUCAGAAGAAUUUUGAGUAAUUGCAACAAACCGGAUCUUGUUUGUAUUAGUUAUUUUACAUAAUCAUUAAUAAAGUCUACUUAAAUGAGUUGUAAUGACACAGUCUGAAAAAAAUAUACAGGUAAAUUACAGUUUAGUUACGGUGCAGUGCCUGCAGAACUGAUUUAGACUGUGAUCAUAACAGUAUCGUAUUAUGGUUGAAACUCCUAAUAAUUUUGUAAAUAACUUAAGUUUCAGAGGCCUUUCUCUUGUUUUUAGGAAUUAAAAAAAUAUGCAAAAAAGUUAUUGCUACCAACGAGUUACUUUGUUUUCUAAACAUUUAUAUUCAAUCACAAACAAAGAUUAAAAUCACUUUAUUUUAUAAGUAUAUAGGUAAACAUCUUUAAAUACAGUGACUUUGUUUUUAGUUGUGUUUUAAUAUACAUAUUGAGGUUAGGAAGUGUUAUUUAUCUGAAGACUUUUCUAUAAGUUUAUGUAAAAUCCUUAUAAAGAUGGCUUUUGGUUUGAUGAAACUUAAGAUAUUUUCAACAUUAGGAUUUAUGACUUAUCAUACAUCCUAUUUCGUUCCACAUUUAGGCAGUGGGGCUGAUUUUACAUAUUAGAUUCACAGUUCUUUUGUAUUAAUAGCUUCCGUGAGUAGUGUAUAAAUAAUAGUACAUUUGUUUCAUCUUUUAAUGUCCAAUUCAAUGAAUCACAUUGGAUGUUUUAACACUUCAAUCCCUGUAAUAAUUGUGGAAUAAAUCUUAAACAAUGUACACAUUUUUUUAAAUUUAUGUUGUGUUUUCAGUAAAUGUAGUUUGUACUAGUAAAAACUUAUCGUUGUCUGACUGCCAAUGAAAUACCUGUACUUGUAUAUAAAAAUGGUAUGAAAAGAAUCAUGAAAGUAGCUAUCCAGUAUGACUUUCAUUGAGUUGCAUAUUAGUAGCUGAAAUAAACCAGUUUAUUUACUGUCUCUGGUUGGUAUGGUUUGGAUUAUCUGCUGUUAUCACUAACUUAUCUCUUGGUCUGUUAUCAGUUUGGUUUUUGGAAUUGCUCACUAUAAACUUAGCAAUAAAAAUGUCUAGUAUCAGUUUCAAGCUAACCAGCCAUAUGUUGAGCUUAGUGUGUUAACAAGUUGUAUGAUUGGCUAUGUAGGGUAAUGGUUUCUGCCUCUGCAAUAUCUUUUGUUUUACACAGAGUGGCUUUUGUUUUUUAAAUUAUUUAUUAGCACGUUGAAAAAGAAAAUAUUUGAUUAAAAUUAAGUGCAAGUUUAAGUAAGGAUCUCUGAAUGUUAUUAAAACAUAUGUUAUAAGGUCCAAUAUCAUAAAAUGUAAUAUUAAUCAGAGUACUAGAUAUGUCUAUUUCUGAGAAGUGAAAAGAAUCAUCUAGAUUAUGUGUCAAAUCAAAUCAAUAAUGUGGGUAUUGAAAGCAUACAAAUGAGCUAUUGAAGUAGCGGCAAUCUCGUGAACUGUUUAGAGAAGAGACAGGAUAGCCUAAGGUGAUAUUACAUUGCGUAACUUUAGUCGAGGAUAAAGGGCUAUGAAUGGACCCAACCACCUUACAUGUCAGAGUGUCUGCAUGUUGCCAUAUAUAGCUUUCCUUGAUACGCACAAGUUUCAUGUUGAGCUAUUUAUUUAAGAAAUAAUUUAUCUUCUUUUAUAAAGAGCUGGUAUAUACAACCAACAUUUUUUAGGGUGUGUGAGUUAUCAUGUUUUCAUUCAAAAACAUUUCCAGAAAAUUGGUAGAAAUGGUUUACAAAGUUAAACAAGAGAGAAUGAAUGAAUGCGUUAUUGAAUAAAUAGUUAAUUACAACUAAUUUUUAUUUUCUUUCUCAAACUUCCUUAAUUCCCCUAUGAGAAAUAAAAUGAUUUUUUUGUAGAAUGUGAUAAUCAUAAUUGAAGGGAAAAUAGCUAUCGGCCCUCAAAUAAAUCUGUAUAACUUUUUAAAACUAUUUCAAGCUACAAUCUUAAUCCUAAAAUCUAGGGAAGGUGUCAGUUAAUUUCAAGCCAUAAAAUAAUUAUAUUGUUAUGGUCUUAGCAUUUUCUUUUAUCUCAGUAGAAUUUUAAAUUAGUUGUGUUGGCAAUCUUGUAAAUUCAAUAUUUAAUUUGUAUCAAAAUAAUUUUAAUUUUUGCUGUAAAUAUAUAUUUUGAAGGCAUAGGUAGGGAAAUAGAUUAAAAUCUUCUUUCUGGGUAAGUUUGACAUGUUUAUUCAACUUUGUGCAAAUUGAAAUUUUACUGAUAUUAACAUAAUCAAUGUUAUUUAAAUCUCACACUAAGCCAUUAAUAUAUCAAAUCAGGGUCGAUAAAAACCUUUAAUCAAUAGACAUAUGGUACUCUGUAUAAAUCAAAUACAAAAUACAAUAUAUAUCCAAAAUUUAGAAAGAUUAUUUUGAAUUUUAACCAUUAUAUAAUACUACAUUGUAUUUUUAUUAAAAAAUAUUGGGGGUGUUCAACAUAGUUUUUGAGGGUAAUUAUAAAUUGUAUUGAGUUGCAAUAAAUAGUAUGAUUCCUUAUUAAAAUCUUUUGUUAGUUUAAAAUGGUAUAUGUUAUAUCAAAAGGUACUAAAGACAUGAUGCAAACAAAAUAUUUUAAAUUUAAAUUGCUGUUUGUGUUGAAAUAUUAAGUUUUAAGUUAUUUCUUUAAUAACACAUUUUCAACCAUUUUGGUACUAAGUAUGUUGUUAUUAAUAAAAAAGUCCUGGGACGGUUUAUUGAUUUUUCAAAAGUUUAACAUAAAACUGUCCAUUUUUUGACAACAGAAUAGAAUCUCUCAAAGACUUUUAUGUGUUCUAUAUCAUCUUGAUUAAGGAUGAACACAUUUCCAAACCUUUAAAAAUGUCUAAAAAUAAUUAUUGUCAAUUUAAUAAGCAUAAUGUGCUUAGGUUUCAUAUAAAUACAUAUUUCAAGUUUUAAAUCACAGCACAAGGAAAAUAAAGCAUUGAUUGGAAUCCAACCAAACCUACAAUUUCUUCUUUAUAUGACAACAUUCAUUUUUUACAAACUUUCCAUAAUGGGAUUGUAUGAAACUUGAAAACAAAUUCUUAAAAACCUGUAUUUGUAACAUAUGUUUUUUAGCUUAAUUAUCCUAAAUUUAUGUUUUGUCAGUUUUUGAAUACACUUUAUGAAUAAAAGAAUAUUGCCAAUUUAUUUAGUAUCCAACAGGAAAAUAAUUUUAGAGUUUAAAAUUUGUAGCAGAGUUAUACCAAAUUUCCUUUUUUUUAUUAUUGAAAUUUUAUCAUUGCAAUAAAAUAAUUUUAUAUCAAUCUUAUUAUUAUAAUUCUUAAAUCAUAUGCUAUAUAACCUAUAUUUAUACGCUUGUUGUGGGGUGUCCCUCUGAGGAGGUGAGAGUUACCAAUGAUGCAAAUUGUGGUUACUUAUCACGAACACUAAUAUUUAACAUUUUCUUUUUAGAAGUUAAACCAUUAAAAAAUUAUUAAUCCAUCCCAGAAAUUUCUUUUCACCCUCUAUAUGAACCCAAAGUGGAUACUUAAAUUAUGUGGAAUCGAAUUGCAGCUGUAUUGAAUAAAGCUAUCUACUGUGUUGAUGUUUUUAGUACUUACGUAUUUUAAAAGUAUCACUUAUACUCAAAGAAUAUUAAUUUAGAAUUGUAAUUUAAUUGGACACAAUUUUAGUAUAUCAUAAUUUAUCAGGGAAUAUUUAAAACUACAAGUUAGUUUUGUUUUUACGUAUAUAUAAUGGUGUUCUUGAUAGUUUAUUUAGUAUUAGUUAAACAAUACUUAACAUGUAAAAUAUAAUGUUUUAAGUAUUACAAAUUAUGAAGCAAUGCAUACAAAGCAAGUCAGUUAAGUGCUAAUAUUAGUAAAAAAGUGUUGAUUUUAUAUGUAAGUUUGUUAUUUAGCUAGAUCAAAGCAUUUUUUACUGUUUACUCAAUAGGAACAUGAUUCUGUUUUCGUUCAUAUCUUUGCUAUUUAGCUUCUAUUAUUUAAUUAUAUUUGAACUCAAAAAAUGUAGAUUUACAUCAGAGAUGUGUUACUAUUGAUAUUAUAAAUUGUUCUAUUGUUUUGUAUAAUUAAAAGUACAUAAUGACAUUAGUGUAUUGUGUAAUUUCUCCUUUUCUGUAUAUACGAUUACUAGUGUAUAGCGCUUGAAUUGUUUUAUAAAAAAUAAUUUGUUGUAUUCCAAGAUAUAACUAUAUUGAUUUUUAUGUGUUAUUAUGAUAUGUUAAAAUUUGCUAUUCAUCACUGUUGUAUAGGUAAAAUAAUUUUUGUAUAAAUGUAGGCCUAAAAUAUAUUAAUAUUAUAAUUA